AUGUCUGCAGAAGGAUUUGAUGCUCACUUUGUUGAACUCGCCUCUGACCGAUUGACGUGCCCCAUUUGUCAAUUGGCAACACGAGAACCUAGGGUUACGGAGUGUGGUCACCAGUUCUGUGUUGAAUGCUUGGGGCCCCUCAUUAGCGAUGGCAAAAUGAUAUGCCCUUUGUGCAGGAAGGAGCUGAAGGAAGCGGAGAUCUACCCAAGCAACAUGGUCAAACGCGAAAUUCUGAGUCUGAAUAUUCGUUGUGAUAUGCACGAGGAAGGCUGCAACUGGAUUGGUGAACUACGAGAGCGCAAUCAACACAACCAAGUAUGUGGCCACGUAGCUGAAAUGUGUAAUUGUGGAAAUCGGAUAAUGAAAAAGAACGGGGAGAACCACGAAAGAAAUGAAUGUCAACGACAGAUCGUACGCUGUUGCUACUGUGACGAAGUGCUGGAAAAUGUACAGUUAGCUUCUCACUAUGAGGUAUGCUAUAAGUAUCCUGUUGGUUGUUCUCAUCGGUGUGGAAUGCAGGUAGCUAGGAAAGGCGUGGAAAUGCACUCUAACAAAGAGGGUGAGUGUCCUAACAGUCCUUUACAGUGUGAUUUUGCAUCAGCUGGAUGUCAUAUCAUUGGCAAUAGAAAGGAGUUGCAGUAUCAUUUGAACAAGGAGACUUCAUUAUCUCGGCUUGGCUGUGAGAUCACUGCACAGCAUAACAGUUAG